CUGUCUUCACUGGUGUCGGGAUAUCUCCUUGCGGAAGAGUAACCUUGAGAGCUGGGGCUUUAGUAUUGUUGGUGGCUAUGAAGAAGCUAAAGGUCACCAGCCAUUCUUCAUUAAAACUAUAGUGCCAGCCACCCCAGCAUUCUUCGAUGGAAGAUUAAAAUGUGGAGAUGAAAUUGUUGCAGUCAAUGGAGUUUCUGCAAUGGGUAUGAGCAAUGCAGAGCUGAUACCCAUGUUAAAAGAACAGAAGAACAGAGUGACACUGACCGUGGUUUCGUGGCCUGGGAGUACUGUGUGAUGCUGCUUAAGUGUUCAAUAAAGAGGCCUAAUAUUCUGCAUUUUAUCAUCUCUGAGCCAUUUGGGAAAUAUGAGGCCUUCCGUGUCCUGCUGUCUGUUUUCCUUGAUGUUUUCAAUAGAAGAUUACUGUUAGCCUUAAGGAGUAGAGAGAGACUUUUAAUAGACUGUGAUUCCCCCCCCCCCCCCCCAUUUAAGAUACUUUUUUUUUUAGAAAAAUGUAAAAUGUUUGGUGAAUCAGGAGAUGUAAAUGCAAGAGAGAAACUUUACAAGGAAGAGAUGAUCAUUACAAUACUAGAGUAGACUUAAUGAUUCUGUGCUUCAUGACAAGGGUAGUUAAAUGUGUGCUAUACUCUUAUCUAGUCUGUCUAUGAAUCUGACUAUGAAAUGGUUUCUGCCUUUUUGACAUACCAGCAAUCUAAGGGCUGUUAAACUCCAUUCUGCUGUACAUUUAAGACUAUGUGUUUAAGGAGGGGUUAAUAUUGCAAAUCUAGAAAUACUUCAUUAAUCUCCAACUCCAUUUUCCCAUCUGAAUUGUUUGAUCAUCCAAUCUGGAAUACAGUAUAUUGCUGGCAGUGGUGUAAAGGUUGUUUUUUUUUCAAUCAAAUUGUAACAAUGAAGAACUUUUUCUGAUUUCCUGCUAGUACUGCAGGUUAAAGGGUCAUUAAAGCAUUUUAUUUGUUGUAUCUAGAAUAGGGCAUUAAAAUAUAUUUUCUUUAAAAUGAUAGUAAUUGUCCACAAAUCAUCACACGUGGCAUAUACUUUUUGUCCACCAUGAUAUAUUUUUCAAAUGUGAUUUGUGGGCCUUCACUAUUAUAAAAGAGAGGCAUUUUUUUAUUUUACAUGUUUCUAUACAAGUGAGUUUCUAACCAACGGACCAAAACUGCACAGACAAUGCACUUUCUUUUCUUUUCAAAAUAAUCAUAUAGCAUAUUUAUAUAGUGGUCUUAUAUAUGCUUUAUGGAUUAUUAUUUUUUAUCAUUCUUUUUUUUAGAAUUUAAUGUCCCUUUAAUAUACUUUAGUGUCUCUAGUUUGUAUAAUUUAAAUACAAACCUGCUGAUUUGCAUGAAUGAUAGUUUUAGCUUUUUUCCCCGUUUUAAAACAUUUUAAUCUUUAAUGUUAUUAGUGCUGGGUUAUAUAUUUUAAUUUAGUUGAAUCUAUUUCACACUAUAGAAUGUAGAUAAUUGCCUGAUACUUUAGUGAGAAAGUGUAAUUGUUUUACAUAGGCUCCUCUACCCUGAAAUUACAGCAGAUAACAAUGAGAAUUGUUAUGACUCAAGCUUGCAGAUUUAUGUGUAUUAAUGCAAUUAUUGCCUUAUCCUCUAACAUCCUGUAGUCUAAUGAUCUCGCCUUAGGUUAAAUUAAGAGUCACACAGCCUUAUUAUUUCAAAUGAUUAUUGCUCAGAAUGUUGCCUUAUCUGCUGCCCCCACACUGCUUAAUGAAAGGUUCUAUGAAUCACAUUGUUUUCCCUAAAUUAUUUUAAAAGACCCGGUUAUACCAAAUGUACUGGGUACUUUUAAUAAUGUAGAUAUGUGUAAAAUGUCUUCUCACAAGGUUAUCUGACAUUGAAUAAGUUAUAUUUUAUUAUUGUGUUUGCUACAUGAAAAAAAUAAUUUCUUUGGGACACUUGCAAAUACUUUUCUGUGUAAUUUACAAAUGAUCAGGAUUGUCACAAAGUUGUAAUCCUUUCUGUCUGGACAGCUUGUUUGUAAUAUUGCACUAUUUCUGCUAUAUGUAAAUGGUCCUGAUUCACAAAUCCAUCUCAGGAAGUUUUGUCAUGAGAUCAAGAAGUGAUUUUUGUAAAUGUGUGAAAUAAAGUUUGCUUAUAAAAAAACAACAACUUA